AUGGCCUUCUGGGUAUUACUUCUCUUGCAGGCCGUCGUUGCUUCGGCCUCAGCUGUUCCGUUGUCGACAAAAGAGCAUCGCCGUUCUGCCACUGAUUUUGUCGAUGUUAUGUUGAACACGUUGGUGGAAAACUUUGAAAAAAGCAUUCCCGUUGCGUCAGAAAAUGGAGCUCUUCUUCUUAAGCAAUUACUGAGCCCGCUGGUUGAUGAGCCCUAUCGCAUUACACAACAAUCCGCGAACUCGACAGCCAGGGCGGAGGCCCUCCACACCGUCCGGGAAAAUUUCAUAUACACGACGCUCAGUACAGGUGGACCACUGUAUCCGGGUGGAGAACUUGGUGUUGCGAAAAAUGCUCUGGAUGUGGCAAACAUGACAACGGAUAUAACGCUUCCGCUCUUGGCAGCUAAGGCUGAUGGCAAGCAGGCCAUUACGGACGCCGCCAACUAUAGUGGCCUGCAAACGUUAGAGGACUACGUCAAGCUUUACACCGGAGAAUGGCUCAACUCGUUGCCCAAUGGAACUGACUUGGGCAUUUUGACAAAUUACACGCAGGAUCUUCUGUUCUCGAUGCAGCGUUUAUCGAGUAGCCCAUACCAAGUCCGGAGACUACGCUUCGGGUCAGAAAGUCUCCCGUUCGCAGUCGAUGACAGUAUCACCAACGCAAUCACUGGUAUGAGCAUAGAACAGCUUUAUCUAGAAGGCCGGCUGUUCUACGCCGACUAUCGGGACCAGUUGGGUCUAGAGUCUACCGGCCGUUACUCUGCCGCCUGUGAAGCAUACUUUUACAUUGAUGCUUCCUCGGGUAAAUUUCUCCCCCUGGCGAUCCGCACUAAUGUCGGUUCGAACUUGGUAUACACACCACUCGAUAGCACCAAUGACUGGCUGCUGGCAAAGAUCAUGUUCAAUGUGAACGACUUCUGGUUCUCACAAUGGAACCAUCUUGCCGCAACACACUUUGUCAUGCAAAUUGUGUGGGCUGCGGCAAUCCGUACACUCAGCCGGGAACAUCCGCUCUUUGCUGUCCUGAACCGACUCACAUACGAGGCGUACUCUUUGCCCCUUCUUGCCGAGGGGUUCUUGUUCUUCUCUGGUGGGGCCGUUGAUCUCGUUUUCCCCUUCACGGGCUCAGAAGCGAACAAUUAUACAAACCGUCUAUAUAGCAGCAAGGCAGGGCGCUUCCAGUCAAACUACUUUGAGACCGAUCUCAAGUCCCGCGGACUCAUCGGUCCCUGUCAAGGGCCACCUAUUGAACACUUCCCAUUCCAUGAGGAUGCACGUAUCGUAUACACCGCUACUCGACAGUUCAUGUCUUCCUUCGUCAAAUCAUACUACUCCUCGAACGGUCAAGUUGCUGCAGAUGCGGAGAUUCAAGCUUGGGUGGCUGAGUGCAUGGGCGAUGCACAAGUUAUCGACUUUCCAUCAGAGAUCAAGACUAUCGACUCUCUCGUGGAUGUUCUCACGCAUGUGUCCAUGCUGGCUCUGAUGAAUGAGGAAACACGAGCUGCAAAUGACGUGUUUAUGAUGAAAAUGAAGAAGUUCAGCAGUCAACUUCAGGCCAGGGGCUUUGAUGAAAAUGGCCUUAGCCAGGGCAUGCCUUUUAUAUGGAAGGCCUUGGAUCCGAACGUGGCUCCUUUCUCGAUUACUAUCUAG